CAGAACAGAAGUGCAGCUGUUGAGCUAAAACUUUUUUUUUUUUUUUAACAGGAUCUUUUGAAGAUGCAGUGGAAGUGAUUCUUUGAGAGCUUUGCAGUGGACAAGUUUUGCAGGUUCUGCAUGGCGGCAAGAAGAGAGAUCCAAGACAAAGAGAUGACUGCACACCAGAAGAUGACCUUGAGGGUCAUUCUCACAGAGGCAGAUAUAAGAAAGGUCACCCUGAACACAAGGCCUGCUACCAUGGAGGAUUUAAUAUGCAAGCUUAAAGAAUCACUGGGACUUGAUUACAACUGCAGUCUCCAGUACAAAGAUCCUGAAUUCAAUUACGAGCUGUGCAAUCUCACAGAUAUUGAAGAUCUUCCAGAAAAACCAACGGUAAAAGUCAUUCCUCUACUUGAGCUGGUACCUGUCUCAACACCUGAUGAAAUUUUGAGUGACACACAGAGUACAGCAGAUACAGAAGUCCUCUCACACUCAUCCCAGGACCGACAGACACCAUGGCCAGAACUAUUUUCUAUCCCAGCCUUUUCUGUUGAUGUAAACUAUAGACUAAGACAGGCAGAUCUACUGUAUCUUAGGGACGGAACACACCUAAAAGUAACAAAAGAGCUAAAACAUGUGAUCCUUGAAAGUUUGGCAGAGAGUAUGUAUAGCUACACAGCAUACCCAAAUAAUGCUCAGUUUGAAAGUGUUGCAGCAGCACUGAUAAGUAAGCACCCCUGUCUCCAGGAACGAGGCUCCACCAAUCACUAUAAUGGUUGGAAAAACAGCCUAAAAUACAAAAUGGCUAACUACAGAACAAAGUGUAGAAGAUCAGGCUGCCUUGAUGUUGCGGUAAAUGCAGGUAAACGGGGAGGGCAUUCAGCAGAAGGCGAACCAGCUAACAAGAAUAUCAAGAAGGCCAAGAAAGGCGAGCUUAACUACUUACCCAACUAUCCUGAGGGAUUUGAUCAGUCAGGCCUUGAGGGUGCCCGCAAGCAAUUGAUUGAUGAAAUGCAGAAGAGAACUCCAGAUGGACAAUGUAUAAAACAGAAGAUGGAUGUGACAUUUGCAUUGAGAAGAAAAGAGGUAGUGGAAUCUGAACCUGCCAUAAGCAAGAUUUUGGAAUGCUGGCCUGCUCUUUUCACGGAAGAUCAGGUGUACAUGGAGUUCAACAGGAUUGUGGGCAAGAACCUCAAGCAAGAGUUCUAUGAAAGCAUUGAUCAGCACAGUCUUCGUCUCAUUGAGAUAUUUCAAUCUAAGAGAGGGAACAUUGGGCAGCUUUUGUCACAGCUAUCACAGCAGACUAAGACCAAAGAGCCAACUGACAUUCGGACACUGGUGCUCAGAGGGCUUCCUAUUGUCCUUGGGGACAGUCCCGCAGACUUCUACAAAGAAUGCUCUGACUCUGAUGACUCAUUCUGCCACCUUGACGUUGCUUUGCUCUCCCCAUCCCCCCACCUCAGGCCAGCCUCUCUAAAGAUCAUUAUUGAGGGAGAGGUUGUGAUGGACAACAUUCAAGACCUGCCAAAAGCUAUGUGCAUUCUGUUUGGACUUACUUACGCCCUGCAUCUCAACUAUCCCAAAUCAAUGAGGAACACAUUCCAGUUCAUCCAACAGGUUCUCCUUUCACUGGGCCACAAUGAACUAAAACCCAGAUUACAAACUCUGAAAAAACAGCUUGCACUGUAA